UGUAUAUAAUUCUCAAUGUUCAUACCAUUAUUGUCGCUCACAUUUAAUCGUGUUUCAUUUUUUUCCUCCCUCAGGGUUGAGGUCACAUUUGUGCGAGCCAGUGGAGACCGGAUAAAAGCCAAGGGCAAGGUCGGCGAUUCGCUGCUCGAUGUGAUUGUCAACAAUCAGAUCGACCUGGAGGGCUUCGGGGCGUGCGAGGGCACGUUGACCUGUUCCACUUGCCAUCUGAUCUUCUCGCAGGCCGAUUACGAUGCACUGCCGGAGAAACCGGGCGAUGAGGAGCUGGACAUGCUGGACCUGGCCUACGAGCUGACCGAUACUUCCCGGCUCGGGUGUCAGAUCGUGCUGUCGAAGGAAAUGCAGGGAUUGGAAGUGCGGGUGCCUGCCACUAUCAACGACGCAAGAAGUUAACACACCGUCGAGCGGAACGACGCACUAAAUGUUACCGGAUGCAUAUACGUUUCUUUUGUUAUGGCAAUAGUUCCCGUUUACUUGAUAGAUGUUUUUCCUUUUUUAUGUUAAAAUAAAAGUACACCAUUCAAUGGA